AUUAAAGAUUAUCAUCACUUAAAAGUCACAUUCAUAUAAUAAACAACACCCAACUUAAACAUUUUUCAACAUCCUCUUCUCACUACUUGCAAGGACAAAUAAAGAAAUCCACCAAAGAAACGAAAUUCUCUUGGAAUAGAAAAUCAGCACCACCCCACCAAUCUUUCUUGCUGUUGAACACAUGUCAGGGGAUAAAGGUAGUAGCAGAGAAACAUGAGUAUUCCACAAGCUGCUGCUGCUGCUUCUUCUUCUGCUGCAACCAGCCCUCCUCCACAUCUGUAUCCACAGGAGCUACAGCUUAAGCUUUACCAAGCCUUCAUAUUCUCAAUUCCUAUACUCUUCUCCAUCAUUCUCUUUCUCUUGUUUUACUUGUUCUACCUCAAGAGAAGGGCCUCUUCUCUCUCUUCCUCUUCUCAUUUUCUUCCAAGGACCAUUGCCAAUCCACCAACCACCACUCCCUAUCAUUCAUCACCCUGUCAAUUGGAUCUGACCCUCCAAUUCCUUGAUAAGCUUCCAAAAGUUUUAUUUGAUGAGGAUUUGCAAGCAAGAGAUUCCCUGUGUUGUGUUUGUCUGGGGGAGUUUGAGGUGAAGGAAGAGGUGGUGCAGAUUCCUUAUUGCAAGCACGUGUUCCACUUGGAUUGCAUACAUCACUGGCUGAAAUCAAACUCCACUUGUCCACUUUGUAGAUGUUCCAUCAUCCCCACUACUACCAAGUUCUUCAAUCCAUCACCGCUUAUUAAUAUUAUAUCAGACCCAACCCAGCAUGGUGCUAUCUUUUCAGACUCUCCAUUGCACACUCCACCAUUCCCACCUCACUCACAACAUCAUCAUCAACUUGGUGCUUCCUCAAAUGCUGCUAAUUUGCCAGGGGAAUGAUCAUACAUAUAUAGAUAGCUUCAUUAUGAUAUCACAAUAAUGGCCAUUACUUUAUCUCAAGAGGGAUAUCAUCAAGACCAUGUAGUUCUCUGCAUUUCAACCACCCUUUUAUCAUAUAAAACUUUUCUGCUUUUAGAGGACUUGGAAAUUCAUGUAAACACAGCUAUUCUCUGUCCUAAAGAUCACUAUACUGGGGCAAUGGAGAAAGUGUUAAAA